AUGACCUCCCCCCCGCCGCCUCCGCCGCCGCCCUCCGGGCAGCCCGCACAUCUGGCGCAGCAACCUCUGCACGUCCAGCUGCCUCCCGCCGCAGCCGGCCCCGUGCCCUGCAAGCUGAACCCCGCCGAAGCUCUGUCCCCCAAGGUCUACGGGGGCUUCCAGCUCGUCCCCGCUACCGACGGCCAGUUCGCUUUUCUCAUCCCAAAUCCGGCUUUUCCUCCCAGUUCCGGACCAGUUAUUCCCCUCUAUGCCAACACCAACGCCAACGUCCCGGUGUCCGCCGGCAGCGGCUCGGGGAACGCGCCCGCCACCUCAUCAGCAUCCCCGGUGCAGGGGUUGACAUCGUUUGGGGGUGGCGUCGUUCCGGCGUCCCAGGCGGGAAGUCCCAUCGGAGAGCGCAGUGAAUCCGUGUGGAGGCCUUGGUGA